GCGUGGCAGGAAGCGGAAGGAGGCCCGGCGGCUCGAGCACUGACGUGUCUCUCGUAGUCGCCGCUUGCUGUUCGCCUGCUCUUUGCCCGGCGCCGGCGGCCGCCAUGGGGAUAAAAUUUCUGGAAGUAAUCAAGCCCUUCUGUGUUAUCUUGCCUGAAAUCCAAAAGCCAGAAAGGAAGAUUCAAUUUAAAGAAAAAGUGCUAUGGACAGCUAUCACUCUUUUCAUCUUUUUAGUAUGCUGCCAGAUUCCCUUGUUUGGUAUCAUGUCAUCAGACUCAGCAGAUCCUUUCUACUGGAUGAGAGUAAUUCUGGCUUCAAACAGAGGUACAUUGAUGGAGCUGGGUAUUUCACCCAUUGUCACUUCUGGGCUCAUCAUGCAGCUGCUGGCUGGUGCCAAGAUAAUUGAAGUUGGUGACACCCCAAAAGACAGAGCUCUCUUCAACGGAGCGCAGAAAUUGUUUGGCAUGAUUAUUACCAUCGGUCAAUCUAUCGUCUAUGUAAUGACUGGGAUGUACGGAGAUCCAUCGGAGAUGGGUGCUGGUAUCUGUUUGCUUAUCACAAUUCAGCUUUUUGUUGCUGGAUUGAUAGUUCUGCUAUUGGAUGAGCUUCUGCAGAAAGGCUAUGGUCUUGGCUCUGGCAUCUCUCUCUUCAUUGCUACUAACAUUUGUGAGACUAUUGUAUGGAAGGCAUUCAGCCCCACCACUGUGAACACUGGUCGAGGAAUGGAGUUUGAAGGCGCCAUCAUUGCUCUGUUUCAUCUGCUGGCUACUCGUACAGAUAAAGUCAGAGCUCUCCGUGAAGCCUUCUACCGCCAGAACCUUCCCAACCUCAUGAACCUGAUUGCCACCAUCUUUGUCUUUGCAAUUGUCAUUUACUUCCAGGGCUUCAGAGUGGACCUCCCCAUCAAGUCUGCCCGCUACCGUGGCCAGUACAACACUUACCCUAUCAAGCUGUUCUAUACUUCCAACAUUCCCAUCAUUCUUCAGUCUGCCCUGGUAUCCAAUUUGUACGUGAUCUCCCAGAUGCUGUCUGCUCGCUUCAGUGGCAACUUGUUGGUUAGCCUACUGGGUACCUGGUCUGACACGUCAUCUGGAGGUCCUGCUCGUGCUUAUCCAGUCGGUGGACUUUGCUAUUAUCUGUCACCCCCUGAGUCCUUUACUUCAGUGUUAGAGGAUCCUGUCCAUGCCGUUGUUUAUAUAGUAUUUAUGCUGGGCUCCUGUGCGUUCUUCUCUAAGACAUGGAUUGAAGUCUCUGGCUCCUCUGCCAAAGAUGUUGCCAAACAACUGAAAGAGCAACAGAUGGUCAUGAGAGGCCAUAGGGAAACCUCCAUGGUACAUGAACUAAACAGGUAUAUUCCCACAGCUGCUGCAUUUGGUGGUCUCUGCAUUGGUGCCCUCUCUGUCCUAGCAGAUUUCCUUGGGGCGAUUGGGUCUGGAACUGGAAUUUUGCUUGCUGUCACUAUCAUUUACCAGUACUUUGAAAUCUUUGUCAAGGAACAGAGUGAAGUUGGCAGCAUGGGAGCUCUUCUUUUCUAAAGCCAGCUUCUUAUGGACCCAGGGAAGGGGGAAGAGUGUUCUCGAAUUACCCAAUCAGGUGAAAAAUAAAACAAACUCGGGCACAUCAUGCUUUUGGAACAUGUAUUUUUAAUAAUGUUUCCAAAGCACAUUCCCUUUGGUUCAGACUUUUUUAGCAUACCGUUUGCAUUUUAUAAAGGGUUGGAAAAUGGCAAAAACCCCUUUUAAAGAAAAAUGUAUUUUAAUUACUUUAUUAGUAAAUCCAUCUUUUUUAAUUGGAUUUUGUUUGACAGCUCUAACUUUUUUUAUGCCCUUGCUGAAAUGGUAGAUCUGAAGCUUUCACAGGCUUUGGUGUAAACGGGCAUGAGUGGGGAGGGUUAUAUAUUGGAAGGGAUUUUUUUUCUGUAUAUCUUGUGUUUGCAUCUCCACAGUGGAUGUGCCAAGAAAAGGAUUUCCCUCUGGCACUGGAGUUCCAUAAUUAAGGUUGUAAGCACACACACUGUUUAAUAUGUUCAGUUUUUUGUUUUGUUUAGUUUUGUUUUUUUUAAUAUGGCAGAUUGGGAGAGGCAGUUUGUUAGUGUCUUUACAAAACUGCCUCUAUUUCCAGAUGUCCUGUAAAUUAAGUUAGGUCUUGUCAUAUGAUGAGUAUUGGCUUCAGACUGUUGCCUAGUUUCUGUAGAGAAUAAAAAUAAAAAUGCUUUCCCCUCUCUUCAUGAGAAGAAAAACUCAGGUCUGUCUUGGUUCCUCCAGGGAAGCAGAUAUUGUGCCUAAAGAGUUUACCCUUUAAACCUGACAAGACAGGGAAGCCUUGUAAAUGCUCAAGCUACCAUUUUCAUCACCACCUUGACCAUAGUAAUUUCCAGCUCUGACACAAGUUGAGAAAUGUAUCUCACAGCUAGCUGGAUGCAAAUACACUUGUGCCCAUGCAUUUAAACCCAAGGUAUUCUCAUUUUUAAAUAAGUGCUGGCCUAGCAGCAAUGAAGGGACAAGUAUUUGACUACUUGUUUCUGGUCAAUUGUGAGAGACUCAUUCAUAUGAAAUGCUGCAAGUGGAAUUUAUAUCUUGAAGUUCAGUUUAUAGUCCAGGAUCCAGAGUUGCUGUCAAGUAAUUCAUGUCUCUUCCACACAGAAGACUUCUCUGCUCCAUCUCCAGCAUAUGCUUAAGUAUAUUCAUGUUGACUUGAUUAUUUGAUAGUGAAAACAUUUGUCAAGGAAGUAUAGGGAUUCCUUUUUAUGCUUCAGGGCCAGUCUUUCAUAUUGGAGCAGUGUCUAUAAAAGACUUCAAGGGAGCUGAAAAAUCUGUAGUAUCUCACUUUCGUUUAAGCCUUCAGUAUUUUUUUAGAUGACCAAAUGCAGUAAUCUUUAUUUGCAAGAUUCCUGACACGCACAAAAUUCCUUCCAAGCAGUAUUGCCAGCCUGAGAACCAGAGUGGGAGACAGCAAUGUUGGCGUAUUUUUCUGUACUGCAUCAAUUUUGAGUUUCUGUGUAUUUUCUCUUGCUACUCUGAAACUGUAAAAUACUGUUCUGCUUUGAGUGAUGGGAGCUUCUCUACUGCAUGUCAUGGAGAAAAAUGUAGACAAGGUCCAGAAGUUCUUGCUGUAUGAACCAUCUAAUUCAGCUACAAAAUAUAUGAGAAUUCUGCAAGCUCUGUGAGAGCCAUACCUCUUAAAAUAAAAUGCAAGAUUCUACUUUAAAAUUAAAAAAACCCCCAAAAAUCAAAAAAAACCUCCCACAUACCACCACCCUCAUAUUUUGGACAAGGACCAGAAUUGGAAAAGGGGUGAAAAUGAUGCAGUGAAGUACCCGUGAAUAAAGAGUACUGUUAUGACAACAAGCUUGCUGCUACUUCACACUACAUUCUUAUUUUUAUUCAGAGUCUGUUUUAGGAUUAACAGUGUGUGUUUUUGAUGCAAAUGUAGGGAAUGUUUUUCCUGAGGCUUCUGAGGGGAAGAAGAAUUUUCCCUAUAAAACCAAUCAAAGCUUUCACUGUUAAAAUGAAGAAGACCUUGGUUCUGGGCAUAUCAUUCUGGCUGAGCUGGAGAUGUUACUUGCAUUUUUCUGUCAAAUACCUUCUCAGCAACUUGGUAGACCAUCAGUUUUUGCGUGUCUGGUAAAGAGUGCUUGUUCAAUGCACCUGUUACGUUGUCUAGUGCUGGAACCUUGGUAUACCUACAGGUAGAUAUGUCCUCAAGACAGGACCUGCUUGUUGUACAAGGGACAUUCACAAAAAGAGCUUAUGCCUAAACAUUCUGCUUUCUAAUUAAAUAAAGUACAACUUUGGAGCUAA